CCGCCGGCAGUGUGCGCCGCAUCCUCGACCGAAUCACAACGCGCGACGCUGCGUUUACCGCUCGACCGCCGUCCAACAACUGUACACCUCCAUAUUGGAGGAUCGUGUGCGUAUCACCACGACUGUGCCACCGACCUCGGCUUAAGAAAUUUUUUUUGUGAUAUAGGUAUAUAUAACAAUCGAAUAAGAGUUUGCGAUAAUUUUACUUUUAUAACUGUAAUUAUAAUAAUACUAAGCAUACAUAAUAAAUCUCCAUUGAGUAUAUAUAUAUAUACUCGAUUAUUUUAUUAUAUUAUUACAUUUUGACCAAAACGUAUUCUAUUUUGAACGUUAUCUUUUUUUUUGUAAAAGCCGAGUGCGGAUUAAUGCACAGCUAAGUUGAAUAGUUAAUACUGAAUUUACCGCCAACGUCUAUGGAUACAUAGUAAUGGGAUUACUGUUGAACGACACGUAGGAUAUCCGUUGGAAGAUAGCGUCGCUGUCCCGUUUGCCUGGUCAAAUCACAACCGAGCUCAAAUGAAAUACAAGUUCAAUGUUCAUGAAGCCGGCGAGACGAUGGACGGUGACACGACGUACACUACGGGGAGAAAAAUCCGCAGGGUGCGCUGGUCAGUAGUUGCUUCUUUGGUGGCAGUCAUCUUUCUGCUGUGUGCAUUAUGUCUGUUUUUCGCCUUCAACUCGAGCCUAUGCAAUCGUCAGCCCAACUUGCUGGGGACCACCGAGACAAUUUUGGACGAAAUACGUGGCGUAGACUACGAACGUUUGGAGAGCAACACCGGAUCUACGCACGUCCGUUUGCCCACGUCCGUCAUACCCGAUUCUUAUAGUAUAAGAAUCAUACCUUUCCUGUGGGCAGGCAAUUCGACGUUUGAAGGGCAGGUCGACAUCAUCGUCAACGUGACUGUCUCCGUAGAUUCCAUAACGUUACACGCCGUCGAUUUGAAUAUGACGGAGUGCACUGUCAUAAGGUAUCCGAAAAUAGUGCCCAACGAGCACAUGAUGAUGGACGACAGUGUUUUUGUACACAUCCAAGAGACUCAACAGGAUUUAUCUAAACAAUUUUUCAUUAUCAAAUUCAAAGACUCGCAGCCUGCUGAUUACCAGUACAAAAUUCACAUAAAAUACACGGGGAGACUACAAGACAACAUGGAAGGUUUUUAUAAAAGUUCAUAUACCGUAGGAAACACAACGAGAUGGAUAGCCGCUACUCAAUUUCAACCUACCGAUGCGCGAAAAGCGUUUCCGUGUUUCGACGAACCUGCCUUUAAAGCCAAAUUCACCAUGGCCAUAGCAAGACCCGCACACAUGAGCUCAAUAUCUAAUACGGGUCUCCGUACUGUCUCUGACCAACCGAAAUUGCCGGGAUUGCUGUCUUCGUACGAAUGGGAUUUGUUCGAGCAAACGGUGCCGAUGUCGACUUACCUGGUGGCGUUCAUUGUAUCCGAUUUUGAGUAUUUGUCGUCCGAGACAUUCCGAGUUUGGGCUCGAAGUGAGGUGUUAUCUCACACCAACUAUGCUCGAGACAUCGGUCCUAAUAUACUCCGGUUUUACGAAGAGUUCUUUUCCAUACCUUAUCCUCUAAAGAAGACUGACUUGGUGGCUUUACCCGAUUUCGCUGCAGGAGCAAUGGAGAAUUGGGGUUUAGUUACUUUUCGGGAGAUCGCUAUGCUUUAUAACGAAGGGGUUUCGCCGAAUUCCCAAAAAGAGCGUGUGGCAACGGUAAUCGCUCACGAGUUGGCUCAUCAGUGGUUCGGCAAUUUGGUAACGCCAGACUGGUGGUCGGAUCUAUGGCUUAACGAAGGCUUCGCUACUUAUAUCGAGUACUUAGGAGUGGACCACGUGGAACCACGGUGGAAAAUGGAAGAACAAUUUGUGCUGGGUGGCAUACACAGCGUGUUUUUAAUGGACUCGUUGAAAUCCACACAUCCAAUAUCAGCACGCGUGUCGAGACCGGAAGAAAUCAAUGAACUGUUCGACCGAAUCUCCUACGAUAAAGCCGCAUCUGUAAUACGAAUGAUGGACCAUUUCCUAACUCGACAAGUAUUCCGAAGAGGAUUGACUAAAUAUUUGAAUUCAAAGGCAUACAAAAAUGCUUGUCAGAAUGAUUUGUGGCAAUCUUUAACCGAACAAGCCCUGGAAGACCGAGUCUUAGACAAGACGUUUACUGUAAAAGACGUAAUGGACACUUGGACGUUACAACCAGGAUUCCCAGUGAUAAACGUUACUCGGAACUAUGAUUCCGAUUCAUUAAUAGUUUCGCAGAGUCGCUUUGUCCUGCACGAUCCCAAAAGUAACGAAAAACACGAUCAAUCUUAUUCGGGUAAUCUCUGGUGGAUACCGCUUACGUUUACUACUGCGUCUAAAUUGGACUUUUCGUCCACAAAACCCGCCUAUUGGUUCAAACCGGAGGAGUUCAUGAUGCUCACCGAGACGGGAAUAUCGUCCAAGGAUUGGGUCUUGUUCAAUAUCAACGAAACUGGCUUCUACAGAGUGAACUACGACGCGAAAAACUGGAACAUGUUAAUCGACUACUUGAACGAUCCAGAGUUGUACUAUAACAUCGGUACAAUCAACCGUGCUCAGUUGAUAGACGAUGCGAUGUCACUAGCGAGAGCUGGGUACUUGAGUUACAAAACUUCUCUUGAUUUGACUAGAUACCUAUACCACGAAGGCGAGUACGUGCCUUGGAAAUCGGCUUACAGAUCUUUCACUUAUCUACAUCAGAUGCUCGUCAAAACUGCGACCUACGACAAACUAAAAGGGUAUGUUUUACACUUGAUAUCUCCGAUGUACAAAGAGACGGGUUUCGCUGACAACUUGAAAGACGAUCAACUGGUGAUUUACAAAAGAUUUAACAUGCUGUCUUGUGCGUGUGAACUGGGACAUCUCGAUUGUGUUCGCAACGCGGUGGCGCAUUUCCAAAAUUGGAGAUCCACACCUCAACCGGAGAAGAAUAACCCAAUCUCACCAAAUCUUAAAGCGAUUAUCUACUGUACGGCUAUCAGUUACGGUGGCGAAGAAGAGUGGGAUUUCGCGUGGAACAUGUACAAACAGACCAACGUGGCUUCUGAAAAAGAUUUGUUAUUGGACGCCUUGGGCUGCAGCAGAGAGACAUGGAUAUUAGCAAGAUUCCUCGACUAUGCCAUACAAAACAAUUCGAACAUUAGAAAUCAAGAUAUCGGUAAAGUGUUCUACGCUCUGACCAAUAAAGUAGCCGGACAAGAAGUCGCUUGGAAUUAUGUGCGAGAUAACUGGCGUACUAUAAAAAACACGCUGUCGACGAGUUUCUCGACAAUCAGCGAAAUAGUAAAAUCCGCCACGGCUCACUUCAAUACAAAAAACGAUUUGAUUCAGCUAUGGCAGUUUUAUAAAGACCAACAGGAUUACUUGGGUUCGGCCCGAAGAAGCGUAUUGCAAUCGAUUGAAAACGCGCAAGCCAACGUUGAAUGGAUGAACAAAAACUACCAAACUAUCUCAGCAUGGCUGCGCAACACAACUUCAUACCUAUCCCAAUAUACCAACGAAGUGGAUUAGAUCAUUAGACAACUUUCUUGUUUAGACUGUACAUAAUAUAUUAUAAAUUUUACGAAUAGAACACUAAGAUUGAUAAGAUAAAAUUUAUUUUCGAAAUUUACAUUCAUUCUCAGCUAAUUAAUUAUUAUAUUGUCUUAGAAGACUGUUUUUAAUUUGUACUAUUUUACUGCAAUUUGAUUGCUACAUUUAUGACUUGAUGUACCUAUUUAUUUAUACUAUUUAAUUAUUAUUUUUAAAGGAGGUUUAGUGUAAAUGUGAA